UCAGAUAUCGACGUGACCGGGUUUUCCGCCGGCGCGUGAAGGCAGCACUAAGCCCGUGCAGACGGUGAAGGGUUAACUGCGUUAACUCCGGGUAACUCUGUAAUAGGAUGAAUGGAUAUUGUGGAAGUACACCUUAAUUUCCCAGAGAAGAGCGGCUGUGAGGUGAAUAUUGCUGCUCGGAUCUCCUCCUCGUGUGGAGGUUAACACGGACUCGGACGGAGCUUCAGGUUCACUGCGGCUGCUGCUCCAGCUCGGAGCUGAACAGGCCGAAGGACACUGAGGCUUCUUCAGCUUGGACGUCUGUCCAUCUCUGUUUUUCAUCUUAGAUCAGUUUCUUCAGCAGCCGCCAUCAUUCUGUGCUGCAGGCGCGACUCCAACAUGUCUUCUGACGGAGACCUCAGCGACCUCGGGAGCUCUGACAGCUUCUGGGAGCCGGGGAACUACAAAAGGACGGUGAAGCGGAUCGACGACGGCCACCGACUCUGCAACGAGCUCGUCAGCUGCUUCCAGGAGCGGGCCAAGAUAGAGAAGAGCUACGCUCUCCAGCUGAGCGACUGGGCCAAGAAGUGGAGGGGCGUUGUGGAGAAAGGGCCUCAGUACGGCACCCUGGAAAAGGCGUGGCACGCGUUCAUGCAGGCGGCCGACCGCCUCAGCGAGCUGCAUCUGGAGCUGCGGGAGCGGCUGGCGGGCGAGGACAGCGACAGCGUCCGCAACUGGCAGAAAGACGCCUUCCACAAGCAGAUAAUCGGAGGGUUCAGGGAGACCAAAGACGCAGACGACGGCUUCCGCAAAGCUCAGAAACCCUGGGUCCGCAAACUGAAAGAGGUGGAGUCCAGUAAGAAGAGCUACCACCAGACGAGGAAAGAGGAGUGGACGGCGGUUACCAGGGAAACGCAUGCGAAGGCUGACCCGUCCAAGUCGCAGGAAGAAGUCCGCAAAUACUCGGCCCGGGUGGAGCGCUGCAACCAGGAGGCCGAAAAAGCUAAAGAGCGCUACACGAAGGCUCUGGAGGAGUUGAACCGCUGCAACCCUCGCUACAUGGAGGACAUGGAGCAGGUGUUCGACCUCACCCAGGAGGCCGAGCGCAAGAGGCUGCGCUUCUUCAAGGACGUGCUGCUGGACAUCCACACACACCUGGACCUGUCCGUCAAAGAGGGCUUCAAAAUCCUGUACCAGGACCUGGGUCAGACCAUCCGAGCAGCCAACGACGGCGAGGACCUGCGAUGGUGGAGGAACACCCACGGACCCGGCAUGAGCAUGAACUGGCCCCAGUUCGAGGAGUGGUCUCCAGACGCGAGUCGCUCCAUCAGCAGGAAAGAGCGCGGAGGACAGUCGGAGGAGAACGUGGUCACCCUCACCAACAUCGUCCCCUCGGGUGGAGUGGACUCCCCGCCGAGUCCCAUCACCACGGAGACCAACAGGGUGAAGGAUUAUUCGUCCGACUGGUCCGACGAGGAGAGCCCUAAGAAGCCUCUGGCGGUGAACGGCGUGGGGGAGGUGGAGGACGAGGAGGAGCAGAUAGAGGGGGUGCUGGUCCGAGCGCUCUACGAUUACGCGGGCCAGGAGGCCGACGAGCUCAGCUUUAAAGCAGGUGAGCAGCUGCUGAAGCUGGGCGAGGAGGACGAGCAGGGCUGGUGUAAAGGGCGGCUGAGAGGCGGCCAGGUCGGCCUCUAUCCCGCCAACUACGUCCAGCUGGCGUCCUGAUGGCCCUCUCUGCUCUUCCAGCCCAUGAUAAAGCUACACCGACACGUCGGACGUCGUCACGCUGACCUGAAGAUGUGCACUCGGACAAACCAGACGGUUCCUUGGUUAUUGACUGUAAAGUUUUUUGUUUGUUUUUGUUUUUCUGAUGAACUCAGCCAGAGCACAGUUCACCUUGUUGUGUAAAACUGUUUACACAGCCUCCGGUAUCAGCCAUGUCUAAAAGUAGACCGGAGCAGCCUGGAUUCACGGCGUCUCGUUACCCUCUGAACUGAACUCUGGAUUAUGGGUUUCUGCUCUCUGCCAUUAUUUUUUUUCUCGCGACAAUCAUAAAAUCCACAUUUAAUCGAAGUAAACUGGGUGGAGUUGUUGGAAAGUGUGAUGAAAGCAGUGACACAGAAUCAGCACGGCUUACUGUGAUUGGCUCAAUCCUCCAACAAAAGCAAGCCUUUUAAAAAUGGUUCCAACCUGGGAAAAUGCUGUGCCCGAAUUAGCUGAAAACAUGAGUGAAACACUCAUGUUACAUAUGACGCUAAGACGAGACACACCCAUCUCACAGAAGUUCUUAUAUUGUCUCAUUUUUUUGGAUCUCGGACGUAUUCGCCGUCAGUGGAACCGCAGGCCGCCGUCUCAUUCAGCCGUGGCCGCUGAUUCACCUGAAGAUUCCUGAGAGAAGGACUCGUGCCUUAGUAGAGGAGGGUGGAGACGAGCAGCGCCGCCCUGCUGGCUGACGGAGGGAUAACGGGCCAGAAAGGGUCCAGCGCUGCCCUCGUGGCUGUCUGGUAGGAAAUCAAACGGCCUGAAUCCAUCCGGACGAUUCUUCAGUGAUCUGGACAUAAAUCCAGUUGUGUGAACAGAAGCUCCUACCAGCCUUUUAGGUCGACAGGUCUUAGUUCUUCUUUAGGUGAAAAUUUCUUUUUUUUUGGAUUUAUUAUUGUUAUUUUUUUUAUCUGAUAGCUUUUUGUUCAUAAUAGUUGACUCUGAAUAUGGACAGUUCAAACUGUUGCUCCUUGUUCAUUUGAAUAUUUUAAAAGAUUAGCAUUUUUUACAGCGUUGACUACUUUGUGAUUUUCCUCUAAAGCAGGCAGAGUAACUUUGAUUGUUGGAUUUGUGUCACAUAAACUGUCUAAGCUGUAUUUCGUUUGCAAGGCUGGGUUUAAGAUUCAGUGCACUUUUGUCUAACAAUGUUGGGCUUCUGGGUUUCCUUUAUGUUUGGGAUUUGUUUGUGAGGGAGCGUCGCUACAGCUAACCUACGUUAACGUUUGAAUAAUAAGAGGGAUGUGAAGACUAAAACACCACUCUGUGAUUCUUUCCUUUACUUUCCUAAAAGUGUAAUAUAAAGUGGAAAGGCAGAAUAAAAGGGCUUUCUGUAACGGGAAUUUUUCAAGCUUUUUUUUUGUUCUCUUUCGGUAUCAGGAACCGGUCUCUGAUAAAUGAACGUGCACUGAUGCGGUCAGGCUUUUCA